AUGCUAAACAACAGUGACUCAUAUUGGCAAAUCAAUCCAAAGAAAAACGGGAUUUCAACGAUAGAAACCAAGAAGAGGGUGUUCAAGGUCUUUAGAACGAGUGAAGAAAUCCAUUUCAUAGAUUAUUUCGAGAAAAUCCCACAAAGAGUUACAGGAAAUUCAUUUGUCAUGCAUGGGCUAGAAAUCAUCACAGGAGCAAUCAAACAAAACAAAUCAUACGUAGAAAUGAAUCAAGAACUAGAAUUGUUGUUGGGCACUUUGUAUGAAAAGUACAAAGAAAUCAAACGUCAACACGACGAAAAAAUGAUUUACACGAAACAAAUGGAAGAGGAUGUCAACGAAAUUGUUCUUGCAAUGAUUCAAAUCACAUUCCCCGUAUAUCUUCUUACAAAGCUCGAUAUCCCAUUUCAAAUGAAGAGGAAUCUAGAAACAUUCUUAUCAUUCAGUGGUCAUCAAAUCAGCGUCUUCUCAGACAUGAUUGACUGGUCAAUUAUUUAUCAAAUGAACUGGUUCAAAACACCAAUCAAUAUCAGACUCUUUAACGACUCGUUCAAUGGGAAGAAGCAAAUCAUCUUAAGAGAAGGGGAAUAUAUUGUCCACAAAGAAUACUUUAAUCCAAGCGUAAGCGUGCCAACACUUGUAUACCCAUUCUUGUACGAUGGAUUUGUCAAUGAGAUUCUCUGUGACAAAAGUUUUGAAUACUUCAUUAAUAUUGUCAAAGAUUGCAUCAUGGAUGAUUACGUAAAGACAUACCAAGUAAAGAGGAAAUGCAGUUGGGAUAACAAAGGAAUCCUUUACUUGUUGUAUAUUGGAAACAGCGAAAGCAUCCACUGGAAGAGAAAACAAAUCAUGUGGAAAUACCUUCAUAUGGAAGGAAAUCCAUACCGAGAUAGAAUAUAUAUGAAAUACCCCAAUCUUGGAAACAUCAUCGAAAUAGGAAAAGUGAAGCCAACCAUUGAAUUCAGGACAAAAUUGAUACUGGACAACUCGAAAAUGGACCCAAACGAGUAUGUUCCCUGCAAGGAGAUUGUUAUGCUGGGGACUGAACUCGAAAAGAAAACAGGGAUUGACUUAAAGAAAUGGUUCAAAGAUUUUCUUGAUUGUAAAUGA